AUGCGACAGCCACAGAUUGAGCUGUAUGUUGAGUUUGAAACCGUAGAGGCAGAAGGGAUUCAAAAUGACUUAGAGGUGGAGGAUGAUAGAGCUGCAGUGUACGAGGAAAUGAAUAGUGAUAGCGAAGAUGACUUCGAAGCCACUUAUGAAGCCGGCGACGAAGACGAGGAUGAUGAUGUGGGAGUUGAGACAGCAGCUGAUAAUGUAGUGGUUCACCCCUCGGUCAUUCAACCGAUGAACGUGCCACCUUUUAUGCGUGAGUUGGAUCUCGACGCCAUGCAUGCACCGGAGUUUCCGGAAUAUUCAAACAUAGGCAUUGCUGAUCCCGAUGACGGAGAGUUCUGGAUUAGAAUGGAAUACAGUUCUAGAAAGUCGGUCGUGGCAGCAAUUAGAAGUUACACUAUCGCUAGAGGAGUUGAUUACGACGUGUAUGAGUCUGAGCCACAGACGUUCUAUGCAAAAUGCAAGAUGUAUGGGCGUUGGUGCGACUGGCUUAUCCGAGCCGACUCGAUACAGAAAAAAAUUUGUUGGGAGAUACGCAGAUACAACGGUAGGCACACGUGUACAACGGGAGUGAUUUCACAGGAUCAUUCCAAGUUGGACUCGGACACAGUUGCUGAGGCUAUAAAGCCAUUGGUCAAGACUGACCCGUCCAUAAAGGUGAAAAUUAUAAUAGCCAAAGUCCAGUCAAGGUUCAACUAUACCAUCAAUUACCGAAAGGCUUGGUUGGCAAAGCAGAAGUUCAUAGCGAAAGUUUUCGGUGAUUGGGAGAAGAGUUACCAAGCCUUGCCGUGGUGGCUCUCGGUUAUGGUUCAGAAGAUGCCUGGGUCAGUUGUCCAGAUAGAAACACGCCCACUCUACAAUGGGAAUGAAGAGGCGCAAGGGGUAAAAAUACUUCAUCGGGUAUUUUGGAGUUUCAAUCCAUGCGUUAGGGCAUUCAGGCAUUGCAAGCCCCUAAUUCAAGUUGACGGAACACACCUAUAUGGAAAGUACAAAGGUACACUUCUGGUCGCUGUUGCACAGGAUGGGAACCACAACAUUGUGCCUAUCGCUUUUGCCUUGGUGGAAGGGGAGACAGCUGAUGCGUGGUACUUUUUUCUAAGGAAUAUGCGAAUGCAUGUUGUCAGAAAAGAUGGUGUGGGUAUGAUCUUAGACCGGCAUGAGUCAAUUCGGGCAGCAGUAAAUCGUUCCGGAGGUGACUGGCAACCUCCAAGAGCAUGGUGGAUGUUUUGUAUAAGGCACAUCGGCAGCAACUUCCUACGAGCAUUCAAAGUCCCUCACUUGCAAAAGCUUGUGGUCAAUAUUGGAUAUUCAAGAACGGUGGAGGAGUAUAACAUCAAUUAUAAGAGGUUGGAAGAGCGAGGCGAGGCAUAUGCUAGGUGGUGCGAUGCCAUUGGACUUAGACAUUGGGUAUUGUCAUUCGACGAGGGACAUCGAUGUGGCCAUAUGACGACGAACCUUAUUGAGUGCAUUAACUCAGUGUUGAAGGGUGCUCGUAAUCUACCUGUGUUGGCACUAGUCCGAGCAACAUAUUAUCGGUUAAAUAAACUUUUUACGCGGAAGAGUGCUAAGUCUCACGAACGCAAACGUGCUGGAUAUACUUAUUCCAUAUUCGCACAACAACGGAUAGAAGCAAGUAUGCAACAGGUUGGGAAUAUAAUUGUGCACCGCUUUGACAGACGGAAUGAAGUAUUUGAGGUGCGCGAAAUGACUAGCGGAAAGCGAAUCGAUUGCCAGGUGUAUGUGCAUGAGAGUGUUAGGAAUGGUGGCUGUGCUGAGAGUGAUGAGAGUGGUGGCUGGACGCACUCUGAUCCUGUGGCUGUGGUGGCUGUGGUACAUAAUACAGAACCGGCUCAAACAUUGCAUGCUGAGGUGGCUGAGGUGCAGGUGGCUGAGGAACAUACGCCGACAAUCUCAGCAUAUGUCCGAAUGAGCGCACGUACCAAUCCCAAUACUCCGGGGUCGGUAUGA